CCCCUGCCCUGCUCCCUCCCUUUUCUCCUCCGCAAACCGGCGCCAUUGAUUCUGCUUGUCUUCUGCCUUUCGCAGCAGCGGAUUGUCGGACAGGAAAAACUGUCCUCUUCGCUAAACUUUUGCGCCGAGUCGUCUGCCAUCCACUUAUUGCCUUCCAAAGUAGCAACAUGGCUGUGAACACAAUCCUCUUGGAUUUUGCAGUAGAUAAGGACACAGUGGCUGAUCGUCACAAACGAGAACUUGCACUGAUGAAUAUUGAGUCUGCUCUUAAUGAGUUUGUCCGCAACACAACGAAGAAGGACUUCAUAGAAAUGCCUGGGGGAUUCCUGCAAGUAUUGACAGCUGAUCGAGGAACUUUCAUCACUGUUCGAGGAUUCGUUCAAGGCCUCAUUUCAAUUAAUGUUGAAUACUUCAGAGAAGAAAAUGAACCACCCUUGUUUAACUAUGAGGAGGGUCGCUUGCUGGAGUCCAGUGUGCAAUGUGCUCUGAGAUCCCAUCGCUGUAAGAUGUUCCCUCCUAUACGUCGAGGUGCUCGUUUUGACGUAUACCUUACCUCCUCAGAUGAGAGACUACUGGAGUAUGAUAUUGAUGAGGUGUUGUUUGAAGAGAAGUCUCCGUAUCAGAAGGUCCAGAUAGUACAUUCUAAGAGCUUUGGUAAUCUCCUUCUAUUGGAUGAUCUGCAGAACCUAUCUGAGAAAGAUCUGGUUUAUACUGAAACACUGAUGCAGCGAGGAAAGGAAAACUAUCGUGACAAAGAAAUUGUCAUUCUUGGAGGUGGAGAUGGUGCCCUCCUCUGGGAACUACUAAAGGAACAGCCAAAGUUUGUGACCAUGUUAGAGCUUGACAAGGUGGUCAUGGAUGCAUGCAAAAAGUACAUGCGAAGUGCCUGUGGCAACUGCCUUGACAACUACAAUGGCGCAAACUAUGAAAUAAUUGUUGGUGAUUGCGUUAAAGUUUUGGACAACUACAUCAAAGAAGGGCGGAAAUUCGACUAUGUGUUUGGUGAUCUGACUGAUCUACCUAUUUCUCCCACACCGCAGGGUGAAAUUUGGGAUUUCAUUCGCUUGAUACUCAAAAAUUCUUUGAAGGUUUUGAAGCCUGAUGGGAAAUACAUGACACAUGCCAAUGGUGCUUCCAAUCCAGACUCCUUAGUCAUGUUUGAGCAUGAGUUCAAAAAGUUGCAGCCUCCGGUAUGUUUCACUCAAGAUCGUGCAUUUGUUCCAUCUUUCAUGGAAGAUUGGGUCUUCUACCAAGUGAGCUUCCAGAAGUGACACAGUGCUGCACACUCUGUGCUAGUCAGGAUACCAAAGACCAAAGUAUUUGCAUCUCUAGGAGUUCACUUUCCUGACACUCCGUAGUUCCUUUUGGUUUAUAGUUUUGUGAAUGUAAGUAAGCUGGGGCCAAAACUUGAACCAUCUCUUGCUAGUACUGUAGUUCCAUCAUUAUUUUUUGUCAUGUUUUGUUUUCUUUCUUUUAAAUUUGUUUCUGUUCUUUGAUUUUUUUCUUAUUAUUUGAUUUAUGUUGUGUAGUAGAUAAUGUGUAUUUGUGAUUGAUUAGCCUAGUCAUGUGCUUCAAAACAACUAGUAUUUAGUUAAUGCAUACACCCGUGUUAACUUGCAUAGGUCAAUUCUGUAUUUCUGCACUAUGUGUAAUAUUGCUAAGUGUUGGUUGAGAUUUGGCAUGAUAGGGUGACAUUGAAAAGUGAAUAUACUAAAUCUCAAGCAUACUGCAGAAGUAUUCUUUGUUUAUAUUGUUCAGAUUUGCAUUUAAAAUAUGUCUGUACCUCUUUCGGUUUCUGUUUUUGUAUUUUUAUAAUACGCAUUUGAGUAUUGCCUCUGGACUUCCUUGCCUGCUCAAAACACUGCCAUUUUGUAUCAACCAAAAAAAGUAUAUUCAGAAAUAUAUCAUUUUUUGUGUUUAAAUUUUAACAUAGUCUGCACUCUGAUUUAUCCCAUGCACUUUUGGUUUUUACUGUGACAAACUGGCAAACAAUGUUAUUGUAAGCCUCUUUGUAACAUAAUUUAAUAUGCUGUCUUGAGAGGUAAUACUCAUGUGUUUAUGUACUCUUUUUUUUGUGCAAGCGAUGUGUGUGUCACAAAUUUUCCUUGGUCACUGAGCCCAUGUCGGCCUUCACACCCAAAUAAACUGAAUAUGUACAAG